AUGUCAAGAAAAAGGAAGAACCAGAAAUUGUAUAAAAAGCUGUCAGAAGAUAUAUCAGGUUAAUUUAAAAUAAUAUAUUAUUGAAAUUGAGCUAAAUUUUGGUGAGAGUAAAAAUGUUAAAUAAUUCGAGAAUUUGAUGCAAUUACAAAUUCAUUAUAAUCUCUGAGCUUUGAAUAUACUCUAAUUCAGAAACAUAUGUCCAGUAUUAUUUUGAAAAAUAUAUGUAUAAAAUUAAAUUAGAUAAUCAGUUAUUAAUUCUAGAAGAUAUUAUGUCAAAAAUUGUAUUAAUAAUAAAUUCAUUUAUUUUAUAAACAUUAUUAUUUAAAUAUUUAUCAAUUUUAUACUUAAGCAAUAAAUAUACCUAAUAUACUUAAUACAUUAAAUAUACUUAAAUAAUUUGAUACUUAUAAAUUAUAUAUUUAAAUAAAUUUAUAAAUUUUCUUAUUUUUUUCUUUGUUUAAAUAAUCCUAAUUAUGAAAUUGUAUUUUUAGUUACUAUAGCAGAUGUACCAUCUGAUACAAAAUCAUGUGUAAAAGCAAGGCAUACAUUAGGCUUUUUAGGAUUUCUUGGGUUUGCACUUGUGUAUGCUAUGAGAGUAAAUUUAUCUGUGGCUAUAGUUUCAAUGGUAAAUCAAACAGCAAUACCACAUAGUGAUGAUAAUGAUACCACAGAUGUUUGUCCCAAAGAAAAACCAAUUAAUGGAACAUUUAUACCAAGUGCAGGAGAGUUUAAUUGGGAUGAGAAAACACAAGGCAUCAUAUUGGGUGCAUUUUUCAUUGGCUAUGUUACUACAAAUGUCCCAGGUGGAAGAAUGGCAGAAAAAUUUGGUGGAAAGCUAAUAUAUGGAUUAGGAGUAUUUCUGACUGCUGUAUUGACUGUAAUUAGUCCUUUUGCAGCUUAUAUAGGAUUAGUACCAUUCUUAACUGUACGAGUAGCAGAAGGAUUUACAGAGGUGCAAAUUUUGGAACUGUUAUAUCACUACCAGUGAGUGGAUGGCUUUGUUCAUUAGAACUUUGGGGUGGUUGGCCCCUUGCAUUUUAUUUAUUUGGAGGGCUUGGCAUUGUGUGGUAUGCAUUUUGGCUAAUUUUUGUAUAUGAUACACCUGCACAACAUAGAAAGAUUGAUCCUCUUGAAAGAGCAUACAUUGAAGCCAGUGUAGAAAAGAAAGAUGAGGAUGAUGAUCCAGGAGUUCCUUGGUUAUCAGUAUUUACAUCACUGCCCAUGUGGGCUAUAGCUAUCACCCAAUGUGGACAGUCAUGGGCAUUUUAUACGCUUUUAACAGAAUUACCAACUUAUAUGGAUAAAAUUUUGCAUUUCGAUGUACAACAGGAUGCAUUCCUUUCAGCAUUGCCUUAUUUAAGUUCUUGGUUAUUCGGACUCGGUAUUUCAAGUUUCGCAGAUGCCCUUCUUGCCCGCCAGCUUAUAUCUCCUUUAGCAUCGUUCAAAUUAUGGAACACCGUGGCUUCAUUAGGACCGAGUUUGAGUUUUAUUGGUGCUAUCUGGGCUGAAUGUAAUCGUAUGACGGUUAUGAUGAUGCUGGCUGGAUUAGGAUCUUUACAAGGUGCAGUCUAUGCAGGGAAUCAAAUGAAUCACAUUGCUUUAGCACCACGAUAUGCAGGAACUCUUUAUGGACUAACAAAUGCUGCAGCAAAUGCUUGUGGAUUUUUAGCUCCAUAUGUUAUUGGAAGAAUAGUUCAAGGACACGAAACAUUGGCUCGAUGGCAUACAGUAUUCUGGUUGGCAGCAGGGAUAAAUAUGGCAACCAAUUGCUUUUAUUUAAUUUUUGCAUCUGCCACAGAACAAUCAUGGAGUAAAGGUAGAAGUUGAUGACAAAAUUUCGUUGGACAUGAAGUAUUUAGUAUGGAAAAUAAUUUAUCCUUAGACCGAAUUGCGCUCAGUUCAUUCUAGCUUAAUUUAAUAUUAUGUUGACCAUUUUCAUCAUUUAGGGACAAAGCUCUUUUUGUUUAACAUAAUGUUAAACUUUAAGUUUAACGUAAUAACAAUUCUUUAUUGAGUAGAGUUCCAUAAUAUUGAAUAACAUAAAUGUAUAAAUAUUGAAUAAUUUAUCUUGUUUUGGUAAAAUGAUAUAGAAGUAUAUUAACUAAAAUUUGUUUACAUCAGUAUUAUUAUGUUAAUGAAGUUUAAGUUCAGAACUUAUAUCAUUCCAAUGAAAAAAUUCAUAUGACAUGAUUUUUUAAAACUUCAAUUAAUGAAACGCUUAAUUUUCUAUAUUCAAUUUGAUUGAAAUCAAUGUGAUCUGUAAAAACAUGGAUGUAAUUUAAUUUAUUUUAAUUUUACUACGAAAAAAAGUAAAUUGUUACGGAUAUUUUUAUGAGAUGAAAAAUAUUGAAAAGUUAUAUUUGGUUUGUAUGUAAAAUUCUUACGUAAUAAUUUUAAAUAUAUAUAUAAACAAUUUAAAAAUGAUUAUUAUAGUGCAGGAUUCAAGAAUUUUUAA